AUGGGAGAUGGAAGACAAAGGCGUAGAUGGGAGUACUGGUGGGUUGCUCUGCGUUUCUCUCUUCUGCUGUGCUUCGGGGAGCAGGUUUCAGCACAGAUAAGGUACUCUAUUCCAGAGGAGGUGAAAGAGGGAUCCGUUGUUGGAAAUGUUGCUAAGGAUUUGGGUCUUGACGUUAGUACUUUGGUGGAGAGACGGUUUCGUAUCGUUUCUGGAUCUAA